AUGAAAAGGGAUUCCCACCCCAGUCUCUCUCUGUCCCAGUCCGUUUCGUCUGUGUCAUUUCGUCCGGCGAAGCGCGUUUUCCAUACAGGGACAGAGCGAAGAGCGGAUGCUGUUGCACUAGAGCCCCAUUUCUUUUCGAGUCGCUUCGUCAACAUGGAUGAGAAGAUCGUUGCCUUGAACCCCAACAGAGACCACCCUCCCGAGGGCCCUCUCUCUGUGCUGGCUGCCUCGGUGAAAGACAAUUCUCAAGUUUUGAUCAACUGCAGAAACAACAGAAAAGUACUGGGACGCGUGAAGGCCUUCGAUCGCCACUGCAACUUGGUUUUGACCGACGUCCGGGAGAUGUGGACGGAGACGUCGAAGGGUGGAGGCAAGAAAAAAGUCCGAACGGUGAACAAAGACCGAUUUAUUUCCAAGUUGUUCCUUCGCGGCGACGCCGUCAUCUUGAUCCUGCGAAAUCCGAAAUAG